UAUUGUUAUAUUCUUCUCCUUCCAGUGAAGACACUUUGCUGGAACGUCGAGUAAGUGUUAUUCACCAUGUCUUAGCCUAGUACAGCGCUGACAGUGGUAUACAGCACGACCUGGAUCUUUAUUGAACUAUACUUCUCCACCUGUCUUGUCGAUACGAAUAGCGUUAUAGUAUAUACCUUUCGAAAGCCGAAUCUGAGACCCGCAUGCUACCGGAAAACUCGACUAUCUAAAAAUGAUGCACCUGUUCAAAAGACUCGUCGCCCGUGACGAUGAAAAAAGCAAUGAUGAUAGACUUACUCCGGCCAUGGUCGAUCUUUUGAUCGCUCUUCUAGUUCUCGUUCUAGUCGGCAUUUGCCUUGUUGGUGCCCUUCUUGUUUUGCGCCGCAAGCGCCAAAAUCGGAAACGAUCCCAACUCCCGAUCCAUAACGGCCAGUGCACGACUCAUCAUCGCAGCCUCACAAUUUCUGCGCCACCAUAUGCCAAGACCGAGUCCGUCCUCGUCUACGAUGAGAAGAGGAGUCUCAUGGAGAACUCGUCGAGCCCUCCACCUAGCCCAGUCCCGGAGAUCCGCAUUACGUUCCCUGAGGAGGAAGAUGAAUCUGGAAAGCGCAAAUCUGGACGCAUGGUGGUUGUAAGAAUCAGCGAUGCUGGCGGUGUGGGACUGGAGCCAUGCCAUGACGAAUUGCCACCAUAUCAGUCCAGUGAUGCGGAGCGUUUCCAAUCCUUGGACAUUGAGCGCAUGGGCGGACUCAAGGAGAAAGAGGAUGUAAAAAGAUGGUCUUGAACGAACCGUUGAUAACUAGAAACCAGCGGCCGUCUAUUCUAUCCGUGAUACCCCUUCCAACCUCUUACCCUUCGACGAUUUCAAAAAGGCAUGACGACAUCCCGGCGAAGAUUUUUCUUUUUUUUCCGUUUCUAUUAUAUCGCCAGUUGUGUUUCGUUGUAUCUUUGUGACUUGCACAUACGCGGAAUGAUAUCUCCUGUCUGACCACUGCACUACUAAUCAUCG